CAUUACGCAAGGGGUGGCGACGUGGAAAACAUGGAGGUAAAGGAGUAGGUAGUGGUAUAGUUAACUUAAGUGUCACAAAUUUAUCCCAAUUAGGGGGCAUUUCUGCUGUAAAUUAAACUUGACAAGAAAACAAUAGUCAAAACCGACCAUUUGAAUAGAAGCUGUCGUUGCUGAAAUAUCCUUGAAGCCACGGAAACUACGAGAAACAUUUAUGACAGGACUUGGCAUAUGCUUUGUGCUAAAGCAGUGAGGAGCAGUGAGUGUGGCUGAGAAGAGCCAGCAGAGAUGGGAGCCAACACCAGCCAGGUCAGCGACCUGUCGGAUAACCCAAGCCUCAAGGCCCUGGUGGGCACAGAGUCCAUAUCAGAGAAUGACCCCUUCUGGAACCAGCUCAUCUCCUUCACCUUCAUCAGUCCCACCAGCAGUGGUGACUCCAAAUUGCUGGAGGAGGCUGUCAUCCCCCUGGCCAAGACCCUCAUUGAAAACAAUCCCAGGACGGGAAACUUUGGUGCUCUUGUGAGAAUUUUCCUGGGACGAACCAAAGAGUUGAAAAUCUCCACAGAAUGCCAAGAUCAACUGUUUAUUUGGCAGGCCCACAAUGCACUGUUCAUGAUUCGCUGCCUGCUCAAGGUGUUCAUCAGGGAGAUGAGUGAAGAGGAGCUGCAGCUCCAGUUCUCCUACCAGGAGAGGGCGCCAGGCUUCUGCGGAGAAACAGGCAGCGAGGACCUCCUUGAGGAACUGUUGUCCAACCUCGUUCACCUGAUUGUUGAAGUGCCCCUGCUGGAUAUCACCUAUAGUAUCCUGUUUGAAGCAGUCACCUCGCUGCUGGUGUUCUUCUCCUACCAGCUCUUCCACAAAGACAUCCUCAGAGACGGAAUAAUAUACCAACACGUCAUGAAGGGACGAUGUUUGUCUUUAACCAGUCGGCUCGUGAAGACGCUGCUCUAUAACUUCAUUAGGCAGGAGAAAUGUCCUCCUCCUGCCACCCACAUCUUUGAACCAAAAGCAGAGGGAGGCCUUCUGUAUGGCCUGGCGUCUGGAGUGGCAAGUGGUCUGUGGAGUGUCUUUACUUUGGGUGGUGCCGGCAGCAAAGCAGGGGUCGACCAGGAACACAACCAUUUACCUUUAUCCAAUCAGAGUCUUCUUCUUCUGCUGGUCUUGGCCAAUCUUACAGAUGGUCCUGACUGGCCCAACCCUUACCGCCAGGCUAUUACCUGUUUCAGAAACACACAAGACACAUCAUCGCUGCCCGUGGAGCAGCCUCACACUUUCCAGAUUAAUUUCAACAGUCUGUACACGGCGCUGUGUGAGCAGCAGCGCUCCGACCAGGCCACCCUGCUGCUCUACACCCUGCUGCACCAGAACGCUAACAUGAGGACAUACAUGCUUUCCAGAACCGAUAUGGAUAACCUGGUGUUGCCUAUCCUGGAGAUCCUUUACCACGUAGAGGAAAGAAACUCUCAUCACGUCUACAUGGCUCUCAUCAUUCUCCUCAUCCUCACAGAGGACGAUGCCUUUAAUCGGUCCAUCCAUGAGGUGGUGUUGAAGAACAUUUCAUGGUACACAGAACGAUCAUUAACAGAGAUUUCACUUGGCAGUUUGCUCAUCCUUGUCGUCAUUCGCACCAUCCAGUUCAACAUGACCCGCACAAGGGACAAGUACCUCCACACCAACUGUCUGGCUGCACUUGCCAACAUGUCAGCCCAGUUUCGAUGCCUCCACCAGUAUGCAGCUCAGCGUAUCAUCAGCUUAUUUGCUUUGCUUUCCAAAAAGCACAACAAGGUACUGGAGCAGGCAACACAGUCUCUGAGAGGCAGACAGGGAGACAACACAGCCCUGCCCGACUAUGCCCAGGACCUGAAUGUGAUUGAGGAGGUGAUCCGCAUGAUGCUUGAAAUCAUCAACUCUUGCCUGUGCAAUUCUCUACACCACAACCCUAACCUGGUUUAUGCACUGCUGUACAAGAGGGAGCUCUUUGAGCAGUUCAGGACGCACCCUUCCUUCCAGGACAUCAUGCAGAACCUGGACACGGUGAUCGGCUUCUUCAGUCAGCGUCUGGAACAGGCUGGAAGUGACCUGUCUGUUGAGAGGGUUCAAGAAGUUAUCAUGAAAGGAGCCCAGGCUCUACCUAAAGAUAGACUGAAGAAAUUUCCAGAACUGAAGUUUAAAUAUGUGGAGGAAGACCAGCCGGAGGACUUCUUCAUCCCUUACGUGUGGUCCCUGGUCUUCAACUCUGGGGUGGGCCUCCACUGGAGCCCCCAUGGCAUCGAGCUCUUCAGCAUGGACUCCGGCUGAAACCCAGGACGAGGGGGAUGGGAGCGACUGAGCGCAUCUUCGUCUCUGUUCAAUAUAGAAAAAAAAAAAGAGAUGAUGACAGAAGAGAGAUGGCAUGUGUGUGUGUGUGUGUUUUUGGGUGGGUGUGUGCGCGUUACCCUUUCUAGUAUGUGCACGCUGCUAUGAAAGUGCCUCGACCUUGUACAGAACUGUGUUGGGUUGUUUUUUUUUUCCUGUUUGUUUUUAGUGGAAUUCAGCGAAAGCCUCCUUCUCCUUCCUCAUAACUCUUCCUGUGCUUCUACACUGUGAAGCCUCAUCUCUACUGGUUACCAGUGGAUGUACAGUCAGUCCCCUAGUCAACCUAUUUAAUAUGUGAGCAGCUUCCAAAGGACGCGGUGUUACAUCUCUUCUGUAUAAACCUUCUGUUGUUUCGAGGAGCUCAGGACGCUGGCGACGGAUAAUCCGACAUUUUUCUCGCAUACAAAGAAAAGGUCAAUUGCAACACGUGCAUCUAAGUGUUACAGCGCUCUGGUAACCUUCAUUUAACGCUGCACUGAAUACUGAAAGAGAUAGCACCGAGUUAAUAUUAAAAGCAGGCUACGGUUCGACGCUAUGGACACGGCAUACAUACACAUGAUAUCGUCUGUGACACUGAAUUUUAAGUGCUUUUAUUUGGACCGUACAUUUGCAGUCGGAUAAUGUGUCUGUGAGUUCGGAACGGGUCCGAAAAAGACAAAACGUCCUCCAUUUUGUUGAAAUAUCCAGGGGUUUCCCGUAUUGAAGCCCGCCGGUGCUUUUCGGCGGCUAUCUCCGAGUAACCCACACCGAAUUACAGUUUAGUUAAUGUUUCAUUUCACUCCCUGGAUAUUUUUACAAGUCCACUCUGAUUUAUGACAAUUUCAGUGUUGCUUUCAGCCCAUUUAUUUGACUUUAGCCCGUCUUUGUCAUUUACAUUUUUUCUCCUGACAGUAACCCAAGGCAAGUACAUACAAAAAAAAAAAAAAAAAAAAAACUAGGGCAAGUCAUUAAACCCUGUGUCCUGUUGUGCAUAAUUACAGUUGUCUCUUUAAUUUGUCAUUUUAUUUGCAUGUUUAACUACAGACUUUGUAUUAAAUUAUUUAUUUUCAUGUAUAUUACAUUUUUUUUGGCAGGGGAGGGAGGGGGCUGAAUAUGAAAAAAAAAAAAAAAAAAUCUAUGAGUCGUAGUCGUACUGAAAGGACUACUGCGAGUCAGAAAAUCAUUGGUACUAUACUUUGCUUCCCAGGUGGGAAACUGGCUUUAUAUUAUUACAUAUUAUAUGACAGUUGCUGUCAUUUUGUGGCGAACAUUACUUUGAAAAUAGGAGUUUAAAUAAAAAUAUGAAAUGGAAUGAA